AUGAGCCGCCUCUUGCUCCGUUUCAUGCUCUUCACGGGCUCUCUGUGCCAUGCCCGACUCAUCAACUCGGAAAUCGUUAAGGAUCUUUCUGUCUACCUCUGCUCUCAUGUUCCCACUUAUUCACAUGCUAACAUGAAUGCAAGUUCUCCUUCCUGCUUCCAUUCACAAUUCUUCUGUUUCAGUUCUUCUCCUAUCCGGUACAGUUCUGCGUUACACUUCGAUCUGAUAAGGGAAUACGGUAGGACAGCCCCGCUCUUCUCCGAUUUCAUACUCAUUUCUAUCCAGGGAAGAGAUCAGGGACCUCCAAUCGACAACGUCUCUUCAGAGUCGAGUCUCAAUCUCGUGGCGCCAGCUGGCAACUGCCCAUUCGUGCAGACUCACGUUCAAAGGAUACCAAACAGAGUACAGGAUAUCGCCGGAUCUCGGAGGAUACGAGACUUGCCAGACGAGCAUUUCGAGGCAUUUGUUCAAGUUGUCGCAAGGAAUGAACAUGGGAGUGGAGCAUCAGAAAAGAAUAGAAUUCAACUCGACAAAUCAGGAGUGCCCGAUCGUCAGUGUACCGACUGAUUAUCCGGUAACUGCGCCGAUCAGGGCAACAUCUGACGGUCGUUUUUUUGUUUCAGGAGUACGUGGCUUGUAAGUUCACCUCCAACGAGUGGUACCAGGUUGAAUGGACAUCGACGAUUCGAUACGAGACCUUUAGAAACGGAGAGUACGGUAUGUUAUCCAAAAAGGUUGUGGACACAACUAGAUUGAUCUAAUUCUUAUUCAGGGACUUACUGGGCAAAUGAUACACAAAACUUUAUUGUAAAAAUGAGCGAAGAAAUGAGAAGGAACGGUUCGGAGCACGUCUGGUUGAAGAGACUUCUGAAGCUGGACACGAAGUGAGUUCACGGAACCCCUCUGGAACUUUUGAAGCAUUGCCAUGUUCAGAUUGGAUGGCUGUGACACCACAAACCUUCUGAUUCACUUUGCCGACGACUGGAACUUUGCAGCCAGCAGUGUCAGUCUGACGUACAGAAUCUUCGAAGGAUCCACGAAAAUCCACGCGGACUACUUGGGAACGUUUGCGGUGGAGGGGUGGAGAGAGAUGAACAUCCCUCUGAAACGGAUACCCGGAGACCACGAAAUAUGCGCCCAGGUACUCCAAUUAGUUUCCCUUGAAAUCUCCCUUCAACUCUUCUCUUUGCAGCUGCUGAAUCCAGCCGUCUCCCGUCACUUCGUGUGCUCAAAAGUCGUCGAUUCGCUCGAUUGUCCCUUCCUUCCGGUUUCGUUUUCCCCUUCACCUUCUUUUCUUUUCGUUCUUCUCAUUUCUUAUUCCAUUCUUCUGUUUUUACAUAGGUUCUAGUCCGAAACACAUAAAAAAGCGAAAGUUUUCUUUCUUUUUUCACACCUUUUUGGCCAAUUGAUGUUGAUCAGAAACAACUGGUUGGCAACGUCUUCCGGGAGAAGCCACGUGGAACGGUAAGAUAUGCGAACAAGUUGGGUUUAGUACCGUAAUCUGGCAAAGUCAUUUUGCCAUGGAAAUUACGAAGACAAUAGCAAUACACUUCCGAAGACAAUCACACAAUCGUGUUUCCGUUUUUCAGUCAGACACUUUAUGCUUAAUGAAGUGAACACAAUAAGCGAUUCAUCCGAAUCUCAUCGUUACUGUCAGUGUAACAUCAUCGGACAAUCGGAUCCGCGGAUCCAGACAUGCAGUCCAUCUGUCGGCAGCCGGGCAAAUGAGUGUCCGUCUCGUUUAUGAGGUCUCCGAUGGCUCUCGCCCCUCGCUCACCUAUGUUUUUCUCGAGUUUUUUUUCCAAAGAUGAAGAUGUCAACAGAUCGUGUCUGCAAGAUUCGGAGACCUUCAUGAAAUUUCAAUUAAGUGUGCUGCCGCGAUGCAAAUCAGCGCGUCCUUCUCACAACAAAAACAGACACCUUCGAAACGACGUCUCCAUCGGUCUCCUCCCAUUCUCAAAAGUUCAUGGCCCAUAAUCAAUGUGUCUCCUCGCCGUCCGUCCGUCCGUCCGUCCGUCUCCGUCGGGGUGUUGGUGGGUGCACGCAGGACCACGCGCGCCAUUCGCCACGAUUUAUAGCCAUACACAUACACACAUUUUUAUUGCUUUCGGGCGCCCUCCGCGAUUCGCACGCUCUCUGGCCACUUGUCUCUGUGACCCUCCGCAGUCCGAAUGCUAUCUGAGAAGCGAUCAGAACGACACCAGCAGCAACCCCAACACAGAUUCGGUGGGGCCAGUGGGAGAGGCCCUGAUGGGCGACGGCUAACUCACUUCUCCUUCUUCUGUUUCUUCCCCUGACCGUCAUCGAUUCGCUCGCGCACCCCCGCUCUGAUCUACGCUUCCCCGGUCCCCUAAUCGGCUGAUUUAUCCCCUUUAUCUCGCGCUCGGCGUCCCUUUCUUCGGUCCGGCGCGAGAAUUUAUGGGGUUCGUUGGCAGAUAACACUCGUCCAUUUGAAUGCCUUUCUUUUCCCGCCUCGUUCGAAUUCCCUCUUUCUCUUUAGUCGUCACGCGUGCCAACCUCACCCCUAUCACCGUCAUACCGCGCACUUUUCGUCGGACGGAUAUGAUGACCGACAUGACUGGGAGCGUGUUUCCGUCUUCCCUUUUUGCGGUUCCUCCCCUCCAACUUCUUCGUCGUUUUGCCCCUUCUUUCGUCUGUUUGCACUCGUACUAGUCAUCAGUUCCUCUUCUCCAUCUUCACAUUUUUGUGGCCAUAUAUUGGACAGUAAGAACAGGAACGCUUCAUUGUGUCCCACUCAAUUAGAAGACACAGUUCGAAGUAUCCGGACCUCAGAUUAACUUGUGACUUCAUGCUUUCCAAUUGCGUUCGGAAAUCACCUUUGUGGCACUCAUUCCCCACUUUACUUUUCGAAUGCAAAUACGUCAACUUUAAUGGGAAUGUUUUUGUGGAAAUCCAUUUGUCUGUGAAUGGUCGCACGCCUCAUUGCCCGUUCCCGUGUUCUCGAACCUUGCCGCGCAAUCAUUCAAAUUCAAAAAAGUUAUUCGUCUGUCUCUCUCUCUCUCGUUCCCUAUUUGUCAAUUGUACCAGUCAUUCCCUGCCGGUCGCCGCCACCCUUCCACCUUUCCGUGCUCCUCCCCACCGGUCACCCAUUCCUCUUUCUCUCUCUCUCCCUCUCUCUCGCCCCUCGCGAACUUCUUCUCUCCAUCCAGAUGUUUCCGUAUCAAUUCGUCCUCUGAUACAUGUUUCGUAUACACAACAUAUCGCUAUGACACGGGUCGACCAGCGUCAUAAAUCUCUUAAACUCUCCGGCAGACGCAUCAUCAUCAUCGAUCGGACGAGGGGAAGAAUAAGAUGCGGAGACGACGUCUCCCCCGACGAACCUAAUAAAUCAAGACAUUAGAAAAGAGAUCGCACAUCCAGGCACAUCCCUGUUGUGCCCGGACAACCGCCUCAACUAAUUUUCGCCGUUGAAAUAUUGUCCUGUUUGCCCGGAGCCUUCCUUUCUUUCUUUCUUUCUUCUGAAGCUCCCGGUCCCCCUCAUCAGCACUCUUCCACCCAAAUCCUGGAAAUGGAAGGGGCGGGGCCAGAUAGGGCACGAAGAGCAGAGAGAUGCAGAUGGGCAGACGGUCUGUUUGUAUGCGUCCCGCCCCUCCCGCUCUGUCAACCAGCCGAUUGCCUUCUUAGUUUUUUUGGAUGAGAAGCUCUUCCCUGCUCUUCCCUUGAUUUGAAACUUCUUAUCACUCGCCAGAAGCCAUCAUGUCUACCACAAUUAGUUCUCACUGAUUAUCAGCCAACCGUUUUGCCCGUCCCGGUGUCCAUUUCCAUCCAUCUCUUCUCAACUUUUUCCAUUUUCCUUCCCCAAUUCUUCAAUGUUUUCGUCGUCUUUCUCGGUCUUCUCUUUUCGUAAUUGACUCUAAUUAUUUCGUAACUUUGCAGCUCUUCAGCUCUUUUCUCCGCCAUCCGAUGGUCCUUUUCCUAUUCCUACUCUUCAUUCCUCUUGCCACGCCAUCAAUCUUCAACGAGGUCAGUUUCUCAUUCAAACCCCUAUUUCCGGGAUUGAAUGGAAGAGCCGCUUUUCGAUCGAGAGAGAGAAACCUCUUCUCAAUGUAAUUGUUUUGCAGGCGGGCAAGGGAAAAUGCGUCCCAAUUGACAUAGAUCUUUGCAAGGAUCUUCCGUACAACUACACCUACUCUUUCAACACAAUUCUUCAUAACGAUCAGCACACGGUGAGCGCUCAUUUCCAUAUUCGGCGCACCGAUUUGCAUCCAUUCGUCGCUCUCCCUCCCGCCAAACCUCGCCGCCAUCGAUCCUAUUUUUGAGGCGACGUGAUGGGAAAGAACCGAAUUUUUUGGGGGGGGGGGGAAAAAUAGAAGGACGACCUGGACUGGCGCCGGCGGCGACUUCAAAGAGCACCAUUUUUCUCGUCUCGGCGCAUUUCUGCGCACUCUCGGGUGCACACGCUCUCUCGGAAGACGAAAUGAGACAAAGGGAUGAAUGAAUGGAAGGAUCCAGGGAAAAAUAUGGCUGUGAGAGGGGGAAGAGGUUGGCCUUAAAAGGGAGAAACCAUUCGUUUUCUUACUGUAGUUGGUACGACAAGGGAGGGAAAAUCAUGUUUUUCAGCCGGCGUCGUGUUUGCACUCUCGCGUAAGUUUUUAUGGCCCGAUUCAAGUGCCAACCACACUGAUAACCAUCGGUUCUGAUAACGAAUUAUCGAAUCACAGCGGCGGCAUAAAUGAAAAGAAAGUCCGAAACAUGUUUCUAAUUUCGCCGGGGCUCGGUCAUCCCCCAGGCCCGUUUUACGACCUCCCGUUCUCCGUUUCUCUAUUCUCAUCACAUUUGCAUUUCGAAACAGAGGAGCUCCGGGGGUGGAAAGGGAAAGAAACGGCCGGGCGAUCGGGUGGUCUCUAAUUGCAUUUUGGGAGCACAACAAAGGGAGCCGGGACGAAAAAGAAUGAGUGGAUGGGAAGGAGAAAGAGACUCUCAGAGUGUAUACAUGCAUUUCAAUGAUUUCAGCUGCAAACACACACGGAGCAUUUCAAGCCGCUGUGGAAGACAAAAUGCCAUCCGCAAAUCCACUUCUUCAUCUGCUCGGUCUUCGCGCCAAUGUGCCCGAAUAGCAUUCCGCAGGCGGUGACCAGCUGUAAAUCGGUCUGUGAAGAGGUGAGGCGAUUGUGACGCGACAAAGGAGGUUGAAAAGUAAAUUUCGGUUUGGCACGGUGCCCAACCGUUCCGUUUCAGCGCAUUAUGCUCCCCCUGAAUAAGCAUCUCCUUCUCAUUUUCAAUCCUUUCUUAUUCGCUCUCUCUCCAGAUGAUUUUAAUGUGACUCGCGUGGCUUCCGCUCCCACCUGUUUCCCCCGCCCAGCUGCGUUUCCGUGCCCAAUUAGGCAAGCUUCCCUCUCUUCGCUCGGCUCAUUACGCGCCGAGCAAGGCAGGUGGAGGCAUCAAUCAUAAUAGGAAAAAGUUGACUGUCUUGUCCGUACGGAUUGUAAACAGCUGCCAGAUGGCGUCGCAUUGUUUGUGCAAAGGAUUAGCAGCAGAAGCAGCACACGCGACCGUUCGUUUUGCAGGUAAAAAGAGACUGCUUUUCGAUUCUCAAGGAGUUUGAUAUGGAAUGGCCGGAGCCUCUGAACUGUGAAAAGUUCCCGGAGCCGCCCACGUUGUGCAUGAAACCGACUGAAGAGAACGACGACUCGAGUGUCGGCGGAUCGGGAGUCUUCUCGGUUCCCCGCAAGCCAACCGCCUGUCCAAGUGAUCUCGUCGACGUGGAUCCGCACGAUCCAAAGUCGCAUUGCGCGUUCGCAUGUGGCUCCGACGUGAUGUUCAGUCCGGACAAUAAGGUAUCCUUUUUCACCUUUCAAAGCACUCCGGCUCACCAGUUAAUUACAGCAUAUGGUCCGUUCGUGGUCGGUUUGGUUCGCCGCCGCUAAUGCAGGAGUCGCUCUCUUCUCGUUUUUGACGUUUGCCAUCGACCGAAAAAGGUUCCGCUUUCCGGAGAGGUUCGUCAUUAUAAGACAACAAGGGGAGAGGGAAAGAGGGUAAUAACAAGAAGGGAAUGAGUCACUUGGGGGACAAGCUGUUGCAGUGUCUCCAUUCUGAGCGUUAUGGGAAACGAGGGAUCAGCAACCAACCCGUACUUUCUCUCUUUUCAGAUGUGUCUUCUACCUCUCGCUGUGCCUCUUCCUCUCUACUCUUCCUUAUCUCUUUCCACUGCUUCUCGAUGCUCCCAUACGUUCCUGUCAUGCUCUGGGCAAUGGAAGAUCAUACCUUUCGAUUGGCACUUUCGACAAUUCGUACUGUCUUGCCUCCUUCCUCCUCAACUACUUCUUCAGCACGGCGGCCGCCCUUUGGUGGUUGAUGUUCUCUUUUACGCUGUGAGUCGAUUACCCGCCCGGAUCACGUCAUAAUCCGUGCCUGGGAACGGCCACCAGAUGGCAACCUUCUCUUCUUUCCAGAUACCUGAGCGGAGGCCGCAAGUGGGUGCCCGAAGGAAUUGAAGCAUGCAGCAGCUACGUUCAUUUCGUCGCUUGGGGACUUUCCUCCCUCGCCACCAUCAUCGUUCUGAUCUUCAACAAAGUGGACGCGAGCGAACUGACUGCUCUGUGCUCGGUCGGAAACCUCAAUUCGAUCGCCCUUCUCUGGUUUGUUAUUGUUCCACGCACCAUCUGCAUUGUCAUCGGAACGUGUUUCAUUGUCGGAGGAUUCGCCAGCAUGUGCAGAGAGAGAAUCAGUUUCCGAACACGGGUGAGAUUCCCUUUUGUACUUCUCACACUCUUUCACUAUUUUCCAGGGAACCGAUACUUCGAAACUCGAAAAGUUAAUGGUUAAAAUGGGCUUCUUCUGUGCUCUUUUCAUGCUCCCGAACAUCGUCGAACUUGUCUGCGAGUCCUACAAGUUCAUGAUCCUGACCCAGUGGACUCGAGUGACCAUCGACUGCAAGAUGCAGUCGGGAGCCUGUCCUCGCCCAGCGGCUCCGCAAGCAGAGAUCUACAUGGCCGCCGUCCUUUCGAGCCUCACCACCGGCUUCUCGUGCCUGAUGUGGGUGCUCUCGGCCAAAACCGUCCACUCCUGGAAGAACUUCAUCUUCUGUGGAAUGUGCUCCUCGGCUCCCGUCAAGGUUUGUCCCUCGGCGCCCAUCCCUUUCUCACAGUAUCUCUUCCAGGGUCCACUCGAGCCCUCGACUCGUCCGUUGCUCGAGCCCCCCACAGCUCCACCGCCGCAGCCCCCGGUCUACAUGCAAAUGACGACGAAUCCGCAGACGGUGUGGAGACCCAGCAAGGUCGUCUGA